UUAAAUUGGGGGAAGUGUUGAGUGAACGGCCCUGCUUUUAAACGGCAGAGGUUUGCCGUGUGCCAGUUGGAGUUGCAGCAAACACUGCGGACAGAGUUGUAGCAGACAGAGGGUGACGAUGCGCUCCCUGCUGGUGCUGUAUCAGAGCGCAGCCCUGCUGGGUGCGCUGUGGGCCGCCCACUCUACUCUCUUGGUGGAGGGCGACAAAAAUGCCUCCAGGAUCUGCAAACCCGCCCCGCGCUGGGAGAUAAAGGGCCGCUCGCCGGCGCAGGAACGGCUGGGAAAUGUGGUGGUGGUGGCUCUGCUGAAGGCCAGCUGACACUUCUGUCUCGUUCAGGCGUCYCGUAUCGGACGCCUGCGCACCAAACUGAGGCGCAGCAACAUAACCGACGUGUCCUUCGUGAUCGUCAAUGAGCAAGAUGGCGUAUCCAGAGCCCUGUACUGGGAGCUGAAGAAAAGAGCUCCCUCUGGUGUCCCAGUGUAUCAGCAGACGGCUAAUCAGACCGACGUGUGGGAGGUGCUGGACGGCGACAAAGAYGACUUCCUGAUCUACGACAGGUGUGGCCUCCUCACUUUCCACGUCGUGCUGCCGUACAGCUUCCUGCACAACCCGUACGUGGAGGCCGCAAUCAGAGCCACCUACCUGGGAGACAUCUGUAACUGCUCUGUGAGUGACCCGGCUUGAGGGGAAAGCGCAUGU